AUGUAAAAGAAGCUUUCGAAAAUUAAGGAAACAUUUGAUAAGUUAAAAAAUUACACCUAUAAGUUUUUUGUCACCUCACCUGAAUAAGGUACAAAUUCAGAAUUUUCAUGCAAGUUAUUUGUGAAUUCAUUAUUGAUUUCAAAUGGGUUUGGUAAAAAUACAAAAAUUGCAAGAUAAUAAUGUGCUGAUAUUGGAUAUGAUGAAUUAAUGAAAAAGGAUUGGGAAUUUGCUGAAAAAAAUAAUUUCAUUGUCCCCAAAGAUGAUCAAUAUCAAAUUCUUCUGACCGUAAUAUAAAGGAUCAAAUCAGAGCAUCAAAUUUAGAAGGAUUUAGAAGAAACUAUUGAAUAAUCGGAUGGUUAUAAGCAAUGUCAUUUAGAAUUUGAUAAUCUCAGGAGUGAAGGCUUUAGUUUUAUAGAGACUAAUGCUAGAAAAACUAGUGCUUAUAAUCUGAUCUAGGCUAUUUUUCAAAAAUAUCGUAAUUUGUAACACUGUGAUAAUGUUAAUUCUUAAAUAUAGAAUUAUUUUGGUAUAUAAUCUGGUUAAAUUUAUCAAGAUUCUCACAAAAAGGUGAAAAUAGAGUAUAAUGAUAACAUCUAUUAAAAUACUCCAAUGAGAACUAUCAAUAAUGUAUAGAAUAAUUAGCAGACAUAAAUAUAAGUGAUUUAACAUAAAAUUGAAAUUCCCGAACCUGCAUAGAUGAUUUCUGAAUAAUUAAACGUUAACUAAGAUAAAAAUUAAAUAAAUGAAAAUAACACUCUUAGUUUUUAAUUAGCAAAAUUACUUCAAUUAAAUAAUGAAUCCUCUUUUAUUUUCUUGAUGUUUAUAUAGCAAUUAAGUGGGUUCAACUUCUAAAUUACUGGAUCAUUUAUAUCCAAAUCAAUUAGAAUUACUAAACCGGAAUUGGAUAUCAUUUUAGAAAUUUCUGAUUAGCAUGAGAUUAAGUUUUAAAAACUUUUAAAAGAAUUAGAAACUGAAUUUAGAAUUCAAAAGGAAAACAACAUCAUAAUACUAUCACACAACAGUUAAUCAGUAUAAACUAGAUUAAAAACUUAAGUGCCAUCUCUUAAGAUUAAAUUGUAUUGCUAUUACAAUUACAAAUAAAUUGAUGAGUUGCAUUUCUAACAUUCAAAUGAGAUGAACUAAUACAGUUAGAAAUAUGAUUAAUUAUAUUUUUCUUCUUUAUCUUUAUGUCUUGUACAUUAAUGGAGAGAUGAUAAUUUGGAGGUGUUGCCAAAAUAACUUUUAGAUUAUUUAGUAGUUUAAACAACUAAUUAAUUCACUUAUUUAAACUCGCCAUAUUAGGUUCUAUGCUAAAUAAUCUAUCUCUUAAAAAUAGGAAUUCUAGAUGAGUUGAGUUAGAGAAAUUAGAAUGAAAAAGAGUUGAAUCCGUUUCUAUAAUCAAUUAAUUCUUUUUACUUAGAGUUGAUACACAAAUUAUCCAGUGAGACAUUGCGUCAAAUAAAAUAAAUUGCAGAAUAGUGGAAUAAAUAAUAAAUUAAUAUUUGGGUGAAGAAAUACAUUUGA